AUGAGUGUCAAUCUCCAUGGACUUCACGACGACAUGGAUCCAAUUAUAAAGCUUAAUAAGGAAUUUAGCCUAACUAAUCUCCAUUAUAAUUUAGCUAAGCUCGAUUAUUUUGAAGUCUUUCACUGCAACGGACUAUUGCUAUGCACCAACAGGGACAAUGUCCAUGUUUGGAACCCGUGUACGGGUCAAACCGAAUGGAUCCAAGCCAGAAGUGUUAACUCUUUAAACCAGAACUAUGCUCUUGGAUACGAAAUCAACAAACUCCAGAAUUACAAAAUGUUGAGGAUCUUGCACAGACAAACUUUUGAGUUGGAAAUCUACGAGUUUAACUCUUGUUCAUGGAGGGCUCUUGAUAGUGUUACUCCAGACUUCCAGCUAGAAAGAGAUGGUAUUUCUGUAAAGGGGAAUACUUACUGGCUCGCUUCCGAUAAGGAAUUAGAAGAAGAUGACGGUGAAGAAAUAGACGAAGAAUCAAACCAAUAUUUCUUAAUAAGUUUUGAUUUUACAACAGAGAUAUUUGGGCCACAUAUCUGCCUUCCGUUUACUGGUUAUUUAUAUAGGGACACAUUGUCUUUAUCUUCUGUAAGAGAAGAGGAGCUUUCGGUGUUGUUUCAGGACGAUGUGGCAUUGACGUUGGAGAUAUGGAUAACAAACAAUAUCACUGAGACCAAUGCCUUGUCUUGGAGCAAAUUUUUUAAAAUUCAUUUAAACAUUACUCCACCGUUUUUGAAUUGUGUAUCGUCUUUUUUCAUCGACGAGGAGAAUAAAGUCGCUGUGUGUUGUGAUGACGUAGCCGGCGGUGGCGUCAACACCAUUGUAUUCAUUAUUGGAGAAAAUAGAUGGACACAAGUGGAUCUUGGAGUUGGAGAAGGAGAUUUUUUUUCACGUCUGUUCAGUUAUGUUCCAAGUUUGGUUCAAAUCUAG